AUGGCCCAUAUUCAGUUUGUAGAUGAAUUGGUCCGUGAAUACCUCCUGUUUCGUGGUUUUACAUCCGCAGUAAAAGCGUUUGAUAACGAUUUAAAGGCUGAUAAAGACAAAGGUUUUAGAGUGGACAAGAUUGUGGAACAAAUAUUACAUUAUAUAAAUGUUUCUGAUCUAUCUGGUCUUAAAGAGUACUGGUCUCAUUUGGACAGCUUAGUAUUUUCAAAAUUAGAAGUUCAUGUUCAACCAGCUGUCCGGAAAAUAGAAUAUAGUCUUUACAAAUUAUAUCUAGUAACAGCAUCUCAGAAUACUGGAGGAGUAAAAAAUGAAAAAGUAUCAGAGUUUUUAUCGAAAAUGCUUCCAGAGUUACAAGGUCAAAAUGAGUGGAAGGACUGGUUCAUGUUACCAUAUAUACAAAAACCAGAAGAGAAUCCAUCAUUCAGUUUGUAUUACACUCGUGCUUGGCAAGACAGUGUGCUAGUAUCCCUUCAUAAUCUGUUGGCUACAGUGUUCCAAUGCAUGCCACAACCAACCCUCACAAGCUACGAAAGUGACACAGCUCUGGUGAAGAGAUUGCAGGAUGAAAUCACCGUACUGAGAAGCAAGACGCAGCAGUCUAUUGAGAAGACUUCACCAAUCGGCCAUCAGUCUCGCUUAGCUCAAUAUUCCGAGCGUCUUAGUGGGCCACUGCCUUUGGUGGAUGAUUUCUGUGCAGUACCAACAGAACAACUUGAUAGUGGACUCAGGGAAGCUAGAGGGCUCCGUGGGCUCCUCCGGCAGAUGGGUGGGAGCCCUGUUAUGGGAAGAAAAGCAGCAAGAUCUCAAAGUCAAAAC